AUGUCACCUUUCAGCGAUGCGUCGAACAACGACUCAUCCAAACCUCAAGUAGAUUAUUCAUCAUCGCGUCCUCAGAAUAUUCGAAUUUCAAUCGAAAGUCAACCAGCAGUAUCUUCCGGGAAAACCCUACCACACCGGGCUUCAAAUACCUCUCUCAACUCACUCCUUCUGACAACGUCCACCUCUACAAUCUCAAGAUCUAACUCUCCUAGCAGAGUCGGCAAAUUACCACGACUGGUAUCUUCUCAAAUAUUCGGGAAUAACAAUGAAAAGAGCCAAAAUUUAUCAUUAAUUGACCAACCAGAGGAUCCCAGGAGCCUAAUACUACAAGCUUUCGUGCCACACAUUGCUGUUCAUUCCUCUGUCGAUACAACCGAGCUGGUCAACGAUAAAGGAUUUCAGGGUGGUCUCUGCAGGCUGUUACGGCCAUUUGGCGAACAAGUUCAGGGUAAGGUCACUGUACGCGAUAGCAUUGGUGCAGGAAAAACCUGGGAAGACUACGCAGUGCGCUUUUCAGAGUUUGGUAAUAGCAUUGGUACAACUGGAAAUUCAGAUUUACCAAAAGUUACUGGUGGUUACCAUUUAAUUCUGAAUGGCAACAAAGAGCGCGUUGAUAAUGUUUUAAGUCAACGCGAGCCGACAAACGAGAUUAUUACUUCCAUUGAGGCUCUUGUGGAAUACCACUUAACUCAAGCUGAAAGUUUUUCAAUGGAAGAUAGAUGUGAAGAUCAAUCCCCUCUGAACAAUGGAAAGCAAAGCCCUGAAGUACCGACGCCAUUUUACGCACUAUUUAUGCGAGGGCUAAUUUCUAAUAUCCCACUCACACCACACGAAACUUUUUCGCACCCUGUGGCUUGUGUUAUUGCCAUCAGUUCUCGUAACGCAAACCCUAUUGAGACCCUAAGAGAACUAUAUGACGAUGCUAAUUAUGGGAAAAAUCGGUUGCCUACAUGGGUGAACAAUGAUUACCUUAGGUAUUAUGUUCUCGUUCAUGAUGAAGAAAGAAGUGAUUUCACCAAGUCGGUCGCGCUCUUUGACCAAAUGAAAAGGCAUUUCGGCCUUCAUUGCCAUCUCCUCAGAUUAAGGAGUAGUCGGUGUAUAGCAUCGGAUGAUGAUAGUAUGCAACUACCCCGCUGCAAAUGGAUGUCUGCUUCUGAGCAGAUAUCGGAGAUUCAAGCUCGAGAAGUGAAAGAAGAAGAUAGUGAUUAUCCCCCAUACAUAUACGGAUCAGACACCAUGGCAAUAAAAACAUUCAUCCGCGAGAUGGUUAAUCAAUCGAUCAUUCCGUCUAUGGAGAGAUGCGUCGCAACUUGGAAUGACCAGGUUGCAUCGCGACGAAGAGGUCUCAGCGGCCGUAUCCUCAGUAUCUCUAAGCAAUGGGCAGGGUUCGGUCGAAACUCACGUAAUUCCACAGUGAGUAGCGGUAGUUCUGGCUCUAACCCAAAUUAUGAUUCGGAGCAUGGAUUUUAUCGGUUUGAUGCGCCUGAAGCAUUGAUGAGGAAACUAGCCGACUAUGCCUUCAUGCUUCGAGACUGGAAACUAGCACUCUCAACUUAUGAUUUGUUACGUUCAGACUUCAGUACUGAUAAGGCAUGGAAAUAUCAUGCUGCAGCAAAUGAAAUGGCCGCUAUAAGUGCCUUAUUGGUUCCAAAGUCAACAAGCUCUAAGACCAGGGCAGAAUCUAUCGAUCAGAUGUUAGAAACGGCAUCAUAUUCAUACAUAACUCGUUGUGGGGUCUCGUACGGUACCCUGAGAUGUUUAAUAAUGGGGAUGGAAUUACUAAGAUUGCGUGGCGGUUCUGCGACCUCAGAUGCAGCAAAAUGGGGACUUCGGCUACUGGAAUACAAGGUAGUCGGAGCAGUUGGUGAUGCCUUGCUCAAAGAACGCAUAGCCGCUUGCUAUGCAUCCAACAAAGGAAUUGAAUCGAGACGAUGGGGUAGCAGAACACGAAAGUCUGCUUUGUGGAGUAUUCAAGCAGCAGACUCAUGGCUGGCACAUGGGAAGCCUCAACAGUCAAAGCGACAAUUGGAUAUCGCAAAAACAAAAUAUUCUCAACUUUUAAAUAAAGAUAGUCUAAAAACCUUCACAGCUGCAAGUUCUUAUCUUGAAUCGCUGCAGCGUGAAGUCCAAUUAGCGCUAAUGCCAGUCCCGUCGAAAGAAGAAUCUAUUUUAAUAGAAGAUCUUGAAACCCUAGUUGAAGAUAGCGAGGGUUUUGACUCCAGGCCUAAUCGAAGAAGUAUUAUGAGUGGAAUUGCUCCAUCUCUAUCAGGCCUGGCAACUACUCCUUUAAAAGCAACUUUUUUGGAGAGUGAAGGCGACCCACUUAAAUUAGAUCAAUUUGAAUAA